AUGUCUGCACGACCAUCCCUCUCAUCCUCCACCACCGAAGAAGCAACAACAUCUUUUCCUCAGCUGCCGCUCAUGAGUUCCGAAAACUCCUCAAAUAGACCACACUCUGAGGUUAUUGUUGAUGUUUCAUCAUCGUCCCAGUACAAACCCGAAAACCAACACCACAUUCAUCAUCAUCCUCUCUCUCGGAAGGAUCAUGAUGCCUCUCAAUCGGCGUUGCUUCUCCUGGAUGGACACAGUGAGGAUGAAGAGGAGGAGGAGGAGGAUUUAAGUGAGGAAAAUCGAGCCUUCAUUCAUUCCCAUCAUCGUCAACAUCGAGAGCAUCAACAACUCUUAACCAACAACACACGUACGACAUCACUUACUUCUCGUGAAACAACCCGCAACAAGAACCCACCACCAUCAUCAUCGUCUUCCCAAAAGGAACUCGUUUCUCUCCAUAUCCGAUUCCCUAAAUAUUACUUGACCAUCGCCAAACACAUGUUGAUCUUUAUGGGUGUCAUGAUGCUGCUGGCCAUGUGCUCUGGAUUUGUGUUCCGAGAGAGUACCAAAUGGAGUGUACCUUAUUUCCGAGUGGGAGAGUAUGCCUAUCAACAGGGCACUCUCAUUCAUGGACACUUCUUUACGAUUGGAGUGUUCAUUCCAUUGGCCUUAUUGGUCAUGCUUUUUGUUUCAUACAUGAUUUCGGGAAUGAGUGUGAGUAGGGGGAUCUUUCAUGGAGGAUUCAUCAUUUUCGAAAUUGGAGCCAUUCUCGCACUCUUGGCUUUCUGUUAUAAGGCUUUCUCGUUCUUGUCACUCUUGAAAGAAUCGCCAAAUGUAAACAUUCAUGAAUUGGAAUUAAGGACUUGGGGUUCGACAAGCUCAUACGGAGGAAAAAACGAUGGCUCUGGAUCAAUGGGAGCAAAAAUGUUGAGAAUGGUUUAUUUUGGUUUGUCACAUGGCUUUAUGCUUAUUGGACUUGCCAAGUGCGUACUUGUGGUUGUGUAUUCUUUACUUCGAAAAAAGAAUAAUUAA